GCUGUUCAUACUGCAUACGUUAACUAAUACGAUUUAAAGUCUGUAAGUGGCGUAAAUGGUUAAUGCAUAUAUAAUAGACUGCGUAAGCGACAAAAGGCGAUCGCGCGCAACGAGGAGCGAGCGGAAAAUUGCUUUCCGGAAAACCAUGCUGUAUCAGUUCAGUAGUGUAGCUACCAUGGUGUAAGAAUAUAAGGUGAACCAUUCCCGUGGAUGCGUAGUAGCCACCAAUCAGAAAUUUGCCCUAAACUUUAAAACACCAAUAUGGCGACACAUUGAAACAAGUGAGGUAUUUUAAUACAAUGCCAUCGUGUUGUAUAAAGAAUUGCAAAAGUCGUACAUUUUACACCGACAAAAAAAAUAUAACAUUCUUUAGAUUUUCAAAGGAAAAAGUGAUAUUAGAGAAAUGGAUAAAUGCUUGUGGAAAGAGUGAAGACAACAUAAAAAUUAAUUCUGGAAGGAUAUGCAGUCUUCAUUUUGAAGAUAACUGUUUUGUAAUGCGAUGGACACAGCCAAAAUCUACUAAAACAUGUAUGAAACAAAUGAAACGACUCAAGGAGGGUUCUAUUCCCACAAAAAUGUUACUAUUGGAUAAAAGCAGGAAAAGAAGAAACAAAAAAGGAACAAUGUCAGAUAGUGAUCAUGUUUCUGUAAUGACAGGAAAAAUGUUAAACACCGAAACAUCUAAACAGCAAAUGAGCGAAUUAUCCACUUGUCUACAGAUUGAACAAUGUAUCCAGGAAAAUAUAUAUAGUGAAGAAGAUAAUUUUGAUAAACAGAACUCUCUUAUAUCAUUGAACGACGUGCUAAGAGAAAAUGAAAACCAAAAAAGUGGAAACUAUGAUGUAUCUGAGACGUUAUUGCAAAAGUUACGAUGUUUUGAAAAUGAAAAUAAGAAACUUUUACAAGAGAACAAACAACUCAAAAAGAAAAAUGAGCAAUUAAACACACAAGUAGAACAACUGCAGACAAGUGUUAUGCAAAAUGCUUCUAUGAUACAGAUCCAUGGGUGCAGCAUACGAUCAUCCGACGCCAGUCGAAAUACAACAUCGUUUAAAGUGGUAUAUCUUAGGGAAGCAUUCUGGACAUCUCAUUUCAUCAUAGGAAAAUACGGAAAGGGAUUCUAACUCUUCAAUGCUUAUUGAUAUGGAAGACUUACAUUCGUCGGAUAAUUAUGAUGCAAAUUCUCUACAGCUUAUGUUAGAAAAUUAAAGUAUGAUGGAAAAUGAUGUAUUAAUAGGUUCAACAUUAACAUACAUGACACAAAAUAUGAACACUAAUGAACAAAGAGAAGAAAGAGAAGAAAAUUCUAUGGAAACAGAAAGUGGAGAAGGUAUGAAAUAUUGAACGGUUUCCGUAAUUAUAAUUAUUAUGUGUACAACUUUAUUUUUAAUCAUGAUAUCGUUAGUAUUCUUGAGAAAUAUUAUUUCUUUACUGUUUAUUGCAGCAACAUAGCAGUCCCAGAUAGCACAAAAUCUUCAGAGAAUAUUCUUAGAAUGUUCUUAGGAUGUAUGAAUGUGCUUAGAACGUUCUUAGAACGUCCUUUGAAGAUUUGUGCUGCUGGGGUACAAUAUAUAAUAUGAUCAACAUAGAAAUAUUUUAAUUUUUCGUGUUUCUAGUGUGUAAUUUAAGUACGUAUGAGCCUAACAAAGAUGAAGCUAAUUUAUUGUAUGACCUCGAA